AUGGGGGUGAGAGUUUCUCGAGACGUCAGGGCUGCCCUGAUUGGCCUUCCUCUGGCCCAAGCAGCGCUUUACAGUGGAGUUGUUCAGACCGAGUAUGGCCCUGUCCAAGGGUACCAGGCCUUCAACGAGAGUCAAGAAGGCCUGUCAGCUAACUGGGCCGACGUCGCUGUGUGGAAGGGAAUUCCCUUCGCAGCUACGACAGCAGGUGAGAACCGGUGGAGACCUCCCCAAGCGGCCAACCCAUGGAACACUACCUUCGAUGCAGGCGAAUUCGGAAACAUCUGCCCUGGUGUCCUCACGGACGCCGGUACGUACACCGUCAGCGAGGACUGCCUGAACCUCAAUGUCUGGAGCUCAGCAAACUCGUCCGACGCAAAGCUCCCUGUUGUCAUGUGGAGCUGCCCAGCGGAGUCGACAGCUGCUGAUUCCGAGUUCAACGGCGGCGGCAUGGCUGAUGCUGGAGUCGUGUUUGUCAGCUACAACUCUCGCACUGGUGUAUUGGGAUCACUCGCCACCCCAGAACUAUCUGAGGAGCGCUAUGAGGCAGUUGGUGUCAACAGCUCUGGAAAUUGGGCUAUGCUGGAUCAACAGGCCGCAUUGAAAUGGAUUCACGCCAAUAUCGCCGCCUUUGGUGGUGAUCCUGACCAUAUCACUGUCCAGGGCCAAUCCGCGGGAUCCGCGGCAUCCUACCACGUUGUCAACAGUCCCCUUGUCGCAGGUCUGAUUGUCGGGGCAAUCAUCGAGUCAGGCGUUCGUGACCCUCACGACCCGCUGUGCACCUCGCUUGCGGAAGCUUAUGACAAUCAGACCACCGCAAUAGCACAUGGCGAAGAAUACCUGACAAGCCUGGGUGUGUCUACCAUUGCAGAAGCGCGUAAUCUGUCAUUGGAUACAGUGCUGGCUGCUACUUUUGGCGGCAAAACCGCUGCUAUCGACUACUAUGCUAUGCCCUCGACGUAUUUGGAAGAACUUCUCCAAGGUCCAGCAAAUGAUGUGCCGAUCAUCACCGGAAACACACGAGAUGAGAGCGGUGCGACGUACGAUCUCCAGCUCACCUAUGCGGAAUAUUUGCAAGAUCUAAACGAAACGUUCUCGGGCGAGUGGUUCGAGAGAUUUUUCGAGGCCUACCCUGCGAAUGAGAGUGGCAAUGCUGGCGUGCCUUACAACGCACAAUGGUCUGAUCGUUCCAAGGUUGGGACAUAUUUCUGGACCCUGCUAUGGCAAAUCAGCGCAUCCAGUCCUGUCUACAAUUAUUACUGGGACCAUGCCCCCCCUGGACAAAGUUCGGGGGCGUACCAUGAGUCCGAGAUCUACUACGCCCUCAACAACCUCUAUGCGAAUGCUGAGCAGUUUCCCUGGACGGCCGACGAUUAUGCUAUUGCACAAGAACUGAACGGCUACUGGGUCAACUUCAUUAAGACUGGCAACCCCAACGGGGGGAAUCUGACCUACUGGCCUGCUGCAAGCAACGCCUCGCAGGCGGUCCAGCAUGUGGGUGACGGCUGGGGCCAGAUCCCCGUCGCUCAUGACUACCAGGUCCAGUUGUUCUCGGAGUGGUUUAACACCCUGGUCGCUUACUGA